UGUCAUAUUGGGUUUCUAGAACAAGUGACUCACCUGUAAGUGGCUCCUUUCCCAGUCUGCUUAAAAACCACUAUCCAUACUUGAUAUAAAGUCCAAACUCACCCCCUUCCUGAAAUCUGGUUUUGUGAACAAAGUAUAAAGAUUAGCCCAAACCUUCUCCCCACAUUUGACUACUCUUAGGUAUCCUCCUUCAGGACUGCUGAAUCACAUCCCAAAAAUCCUUUCCCCUAGAGGGCCCCUGCCACCUCAUUUAUAUCCAGGUGGCUAAUAAGCCACUUCUUAGAUGAGUCAACAGAUUACCCUUUCUCAGUGAUCAAUGUUAAUAGGGUAAGAGGUUUCAGGCUAAUCCAGUUUUUGCACCGUCUAUUCCUCCUCUUGACUGGUCACUGCUGCCUCUCUCUAUUCAACAUGAUAUUUGUGUGUGUGUUGAAUAGCACAUGUACAGCGGUAGCCUGCUCCUGAAGAGCCUUCACCUUGAGCUGGGAUGGAAUCUUGUCGGCAACUGCUGCCUCAGUCUCUGUUUUUCCUUCAUUUGCUGCUGCUGCUGCCCAUCUUUGCUGAAGGUGCCACCAGAGUCUAUUACCUGGGUAUCUGUGAGGUGGAAUGGAAUUAUGCUCCAACAGGGAAGAACAUAAUCACAGACCGAAGCAUUAAAGAUGAACCAGAAGCCUCUACGUUCCUCCAGCCUGGCAAGGACAGGGUGGGAAGCACUUACAAAAAAUCUGUGUAUAAGCAAUACUCAGACUCCACAUAUACAACAGAGAUCCCCAAACCUGCCUGGCUGGGAUUUCUUGGGCCCAUCAUACGAGCAGAAGUGGGUGACACCAUUACCGUGCACCUAAAAAACUUUGCCAACCGGCCACACACAGUCCAUCCUCAUGGCGUCUUCUACAAGAAGGACUCAGAAGGGUCCCUGUACCCCGAUGCAUUCUCACAGGAUCAUAAGAAGGAUGAUGCUGUUCCACCAGGAGGGAAUCACACAUAUACUUGGACUGUCCCUGAAGAUCACCGCCCGAUGGCUGACGACCCAACCUGCUUGACCUGGGUCUACCACUCUCACACUGAUGCCCCGAAGGACAUUGCUUCUGGGUUGAUUGGGCCAUUACUGACAUGCAAAGAAGGAGCUCUGACUGGCACAGCUCAAAGACGGCAAGACGUGGACCUUGAUUUCUUUCUCAUGUUCAGCGUGAUUGAUGAGAACCUGAGCUGGCACCUGGAUGAGAACAUUGCAUCAUUCUGCACAGACCCAGAAUCUGUUGAUAAGGAAGAUGAGGAGUUCCAAGUGAGCAACAGAAUGCAUGCUAUUAAUGGUUAUGUGUAUGGGAACCUACCUGAGAUGACAAUGUGUGCUGGGGAUCACGUGGCGUGGCACCUCUUUGGGAUGGGCAGUGAGACUGACAUUCACACAGCCUUCUUCCAUGGACAGACACUCACCAUCAGAGGCCACAGGUCUGAUGUGGCCAGCCUCUUUCCAGCCACUUUUGUUACAGCUGACAUGAUCCCCAGUAACACUGGGAGAUGGCUUCUGAACUGUCAGGUCAACAAUCACCUGCAAGCUGGAAUGGAAGCGGUCUACGAAGUCAGACAGUGUUCUCAGAAAGCUCCAGAGUCCUCCCUGAAAGGGACAGUUCGGAGAUACUAUAUAGCUGCAAAGGAAGUACAGUGGAAUUAUGGACCCUCAGGGCUUGACCAGAGCACUGAGAAAAGUCUUCAGGAGCCAGGCAGUUCUUCUGAGCAGUUCUUCAAGCAUAGCGCCAGGCGGAUUGGGGGAACCUACUGGAAGGCCAAGUAUGUGGAAUAUACUGAUGCAACGUUCCGGCUAGAAAAACAACGGUCAGAAGAAGAGAUGCACCUUGGGAUACUUGGUCCAGUGAUAAAAGCUGAAGUGGGAGACACCGUCUUGGUGACAUUUGCUAACAAAGCCUCUUGGCCCUUCAGUAUCCAGCCCCAUGGUGUGUUUUAUGGAAAGGAAUGGGAAGGAACGCUGUACCACGACGGUCUGUCAUGGAAUGGGGCUUCAGUUGAGCCUCUCCAUAACUUCACAUACCGCUGGACUGUACCACAGCAAGUUGGACCCACAGCCAAUGACCCUCCUUGCCUGACCUGGAUGUACUCCUCUGCGAUAAAUCCCAUCCAAGAUACCAGUUCCGGCUUAGUGGGCCCUCUGGUGAUCUGCAGACCUGGGACUCUCAACACCAGCAACAAGCAGAAAGGGAUCGACAAGGAAUUUUAUCUCCUGUUCAGUGUAUUUGAUGAGAACCUCAGCUGGUAUUUACCUGCAAAUAUAAAAUACUAUUUGAGGACACAAGAGGCUUUCGUGAAAAAGGAUGAAGGCUUCAAGGAGUCCAACAGGAUGCAUGCGAUAAAUGGAUUUAUGUUCUAUAACUUGCCCAAGCUGGAAGUGUGUAAAGGGGACACUGUGUCUUGGCACUUUCUGGGUCUGGGCACUGACACAGAUGUGCAUGGAGCUGCGUUCCAGGGAAACACUGUUCAGAUGAACGGGAUGAGGAGAGAUGCAACCAAUCUGUUCCCUCACUCGUUUGCUACCGCCCUCAUGCAGCCUGAUCAUGAAGGCACGUUUCAGAUCUACUGUCAGACUAACAACCAUUACCAGUUUGGGAUGAAGGCGCAUUACUCUGUUUCAAAGUGUGGCAAAGGGGCACCUGCUCCUGACCCCCAAUACGAGGAGGUGCGGACACACUACAUCAUGGCACAAGAGGUGGAGUGGGAUUACUCACCAGAUCGCAGCUGGGAGCUGGACCACCACAUCUCUGGGCAGGAAAGCUAUGGCAACCAAUUUCUCAGCAAUGAGAAUGGACUCCUGGGCUCCAAGUACAAGAAGGCAAUUUACAGGGAAUACACUGAUGGAACAUUCAGAAUACUCAAGAACAGGACCAGCGAUGAGGAGCAUUUAGGGAUAUUGGGUCCUUUUAUCUGGGCAGAAGUUGGAGAUGUCCUCAACAUUGUGUUUAAGAACAAUGCUACACAACCCUACUCCAUUCAUGCACAUGGGGUACUGGAAAGGAAUGAUGGACAGGUGGAAGCUGCAAAGCCUGGUGACAUUGUAACUUACCGCUGGGACGUUCCUGAAAGAUCCGGUCCAGGACCAAAUGAUUCUGUCUGCGUUUCUUGGGUUUACUACUCUAUGGUGGAUCCUGUAAAGGAUUUGUACAGUGGCCUGAUAGGCCCCCUAAAAGUCUGCCGUAAAGGGGCGCUGGGCUCUGAUGGGAGGAGGAAGGGCAUCAACAGGGAGUUUGCACUCCUCUUCCUGGUUUUUGAUGAAAAUCAGUCCUGGUACCUGGAGGAAAAUGUGAAAACGUAUGCACAUGGGAAUCAGAGCAAAAUGCAGGAUGAAGAAUUUGUGGAAAGCAACAAAAUGCACGCCAUCAAUGGGAAGCUCUACGCAAACUUGCAUGGAUUGACCAUGCACCAAGGAGACUGGGUCAACUGGUACCUGCUGGGAAUGGGCCAGGAGAUCGAUGUGCAUACAGUCCAUUUUCAUGCUGAGACCUUCACAUACAGGAAUGGCAGGAGUUACAGGGCAGAUGUUGUGGAUCUGUUCCCUGGGACCUUCAUAAUGGUGGAGAUGGUGGUUGAGAACCCUGGGACGUGGUUGCUUCAUUGCCAUGUGUCAGAUCAUAUUCAUGGUGGCAUGGAGACACUCUACAGAGUCUUACCCAGACCAGAGCCAGUGCCCAUAACCUUAGAGACAAAAGGAGAGACCUCUCCUGAGGAUGAGGACGAGUCCCAUAAGGUCGUUGUGUUUGGAGUUAAGAUGGCUCAGGAGCAAGUGGAGGUCACAGUCAUCGUUCUGGCUGUUGCAGGGAUUGUGCUGUUCCUCGUUGCCAGCUUCCUGCUGGGCAUGAUCAUCCACCUCGAGAGACAAAGGAGGUUAAGACGCAACAGGAGGUCCAUACUGGAUGACGGGUUCAAACUCAUGUCUCAAAACAAUCAAGUAAUUUAGGAGCUGUGGAAGGCCUUUUACCCACAAGCACGGAUCACAACCCACUUCAUAAGCCAAGCAAGGAGCCCUGGAGCUCAGCUCCCUCCAUAAACACCUCAGUGCUUUGUCAACAAAAAUUCCUCCCAUAAGCGUUCCUCAGGGCCCUUUCAGCUAGGUGAAAAGAAGCAGUGGGAGUGAAAAGGAUCUCCAAGUGCUUUCCUUUUCCCAAAGGGGGAGAAGCAAUUAUGGAGAUGGUUUUCUGAUGGCAAAUUCUCUCUCCACUGAAGCAGCUUCACUUGGUCGGGUCUUCUCUUUCUAAUGAAGGAGAGAAUGAGGAGACAAGAGCUCUCAGGCUAAGUUCUGUCUCUGCCAGCUACCAGAGUUGGGCUGGACAUUGUCUCCCUACAUGACUGUGAACCAGGACCUUGCACUGAACCCAAGUAAUCUGAGGAAAAAGAUAAUCGUUGGUGCUUGUGAAUACACAGGAGAAAGCACUUCAUUUAGAUCUGAUUUCUCUGCUUUUUAUGAGAAGCUGGAAGAACACAUACAGUGCACUGUGUCACAGUGUCUAAGGAAAUCCAUCAAGAACGUAACAGUAGCUGUGCUUCAGCCUUCAGCACUGCUGACACAUCACAGUGCAUAUGCAUGCUACAGGGAACACAUUUGAGUAUCAGGCUUUUAAGGGUUUGCUAUAAGUGGUUGGGGGUGGAGCUUUUACACAUGCUGCAAAAUGGCUUGACAGUUCCCUGCAUUAAAACUCUGUUAAUCUGUAAGUGUAUAUUAAGGUGCAAUAUUCAAGUGUUUGUACAGUUCCUAGUAGAGUGGGGAGCUGAUAUGCUACGAAGCUUUGUGAUUUAUUUUCAUGUCCAUUGAUGCUCUCUCUUUCCACUCUUCAUAUCAAAAUACAUGUUGUUUUAUUUAAGCUACCCUACCAUUUUUGACUGUUUCAGAGUUAUCGCUGUGAGCCAGGCUGGGGGAAAGGCCAGUAUGCUCUGAGGAGAAGCCGCAGGAGCAUACUUAAAGUGGGAUUUAUAUUUUAGCUCAACUGGGGUUGUCAGACAAAGACACGGAUCACGUAUCUCAUCGUGUGCCAUGAAGUUGUAUUGAAGCACAAGUGAAGCCUAAACACCAUGAAGGGAGAGACAGGUUUUCACAUGCUAAAGUGCCAGCAGCAGAGUUUGUUGAGAACAUCAAUGCAAGUUUAUCCUUCAUGCUCCCUAUGGUUAACGAGGUUUGAGACUGCCUGGGCCUUGAGAUUAAGGGAACUCCUGAAGCAAAGAAGGUGGCAGUUGCAAGUAAAGUGGGCAAGAUUUACCUUGCCUCCUGUACAUCUCACUCAUAAACUACACGGAGUCAAAGGUAUUAGAGAUGGAAAGGGCCCUCUAGGUCAGUGAAUCCCUUUCCAUGCACAUGGAGAGUUAUUCUGUACUGGACAUUCUGCUAUUAUCACAACUCUGUGGUUUCUGUGGGUUGAGGGGUGGGUAAUAAAGUACUAGGCUGAUAGCCUGGGAGAUGCAAGCCUUUGUUCAGACACAGGAGAAAUACAACCUGGUUGCUGGCAUGGCAAAUUUCCCCCACAUGCUGCCAUCCACCUUUCUCCCUCAGUUCUGACCCAGAGGGGCUGCCUUUGGGGUGAGAGGAGUCUCAUGGCACUUUCAGCCUCUUUGCUUAGACAGCUGGCCCCCUGUUUUGCCAAGGACUAAACUAAGACCACCAAGGCCAUUUCACACAGGCCACUGAACAGCUCUCAAGGGCAAGAACUUCGAUUGCAUACUAUCUGGUUGUGUUUAAGCUACUAACCUCUCUUCCAUUACCAUUGCUCUGAGCACUCAGACCCCAAGUGUCUCCUGUUAUCACACACAUGGACCUGGCAGGGAAAUUGCAUCCAGAGAGGAUCCCAUUAACAACACAUGUUUAAAGGAUGGGGAGUGGAGGAGAAUCCUUUCUGAUGAGUGGCUGUCAGAUGUCAGAGGCAGAAACAGCUAAAUGGACCUAAUGCCAGGUUAUUUAUGU